AUGACUGAUGAAUUUCAUCGAUACCAUAUCAGAAUUCGAGCUAUUUUGGGAAUAGAUUCAAAAACAAUCUUCGACGAACUUACAGAAGCAUUGGGACCUGGUGUUCCAUCGUAUCCAAUGGUCAGAAAAUGGGCCAAACGUUUUCGUAAAGAAAGAGAAGAUGUCAGUGAUGAUCCUCGAUCUGGUCGUUUGAUUUCGGUAAGGUGGGAAUAA